UCAACUUAAUUGUGGAUCGAAACUAUUCCACCUCAUCAGAAAGGCUCAAGUGUUCGAACUAACCACAUAACGACGUGGUGUCUUCACAGCCAAUACUUUCCUGGUGUACGUUAACUUACGCUUGGUGCGUACUGUCCGUAACCUCCUCAUGAGAAAUGAACAAACUGCUCUCCCUUUCGCCAAUUCAUAUCACCCCCUCAUUGUACAAGUACCGGACGUUAGAACCCAUUUAUGGCGGGAAACCCGUUUAAAUAAAAUCCCUCUUUGAAUUUUAUUUCGGUUUUUAUGCAGUUCUUUCUCUCUUCUUCUCAUUGUUUUUGCCAUUUCUCUGUAAAAUCAAUUAGCACAUCUGUUUACGAAUCCAUGGCUCUCGGAUCCAACUCUUUGAUGUGGUUCAGGAAGGGUUUGAGACUCCAUGAUAAUCCAGCUUUAGAGUACGCAGCUAAAGGUUCCAAGUUUCUGUACCCGGUUUUCGUAAUUGAUCCAUACUACAUGGAGCCCGAUCCGACUGCAUUCUCUCCGGGUUCCUCAAAAUCCGGGUUGAACCGGAUACAGUUUUUGCUCGAAAGCCUUGUUGAUCUUGAUUUGAGUCUCAAGAAGCUUGGUUCACGUUUGUUGGUGCUCAACGGUGACCCUGGUGAGGUCUUGAUUCGCUGCUUGAAGGAGUGGAGCAUAGGGAAACUUUGCUUUGAGUACGACACAGAGCCCUAUUAUCAAGCUUUAGAUGAAAAAGUCAAGAGCUAUGGUUCUGUAACUGGUGUAGAGAUUUUCUCUCCUGUGAGCCACACCCUCUACAAUCCUGCCGUUAUUAUACAAAAGAAUGGGGGAUCCCCACCUCUGAGUUAUCAGUCUUUUCUUAAACUGGCUGGGCUACCAUCUUGGGCAUCAGCUCCUCUUUCAACAACAAUAUCUUCACUUCCUCCUAUUGGAAAUACUGGAAGUUUUGCAGUCUCUGGAGUUCCAACUGUCAGAGAACUUGGUUAUGAAGUUUUAGGAGAGGACAAAAGCACUCCUUUUAAAGGUGGAGAAUCAGAAGCACUGAAGAGACUGAGAGAAUCAAUUGCUAACAAGGAGUGGGUGGCAAAUUUUGAGAAACCCAAGGGUGAUCCAUCUGCAUUUCUAAACCCAGCAACAACUGUUUUAUCACCCUACUUAAAGUUUGGUUGUCUCUCUUCCAGGUACUUCUACCAGUGCAUUCAGGACAUUCUGAAACGUGUUAAAAAGCAUACCUCUCCACCUGUUUCUCUUCUUGGACAGUUGUUAUGGCGCGACUUUUUCUACACAGUUGCCUUCGGGACUCCUAAUUUUGAUCAGAUGAAGAGUAACAGAAUAUGCAAACAGAUACCUUGGAAGAAUGAUGAUGAAUUACUUGCUGCUUGGAGAGAUUCCAGGACAGGGUUUCCAUGGAUUGAUGCCAUAAUGGCCCAGCUUCGAAAGUGGGGUUGGAUCCACCAUCUUGCUCGACACAGUGUUGCAUGCUUUUUAACUCGUGGGGAUCUGUUUGUGAAUUGGGAGAGAGGACGUGAUGUUUUUGAAAGACUGCUUAUUGACUCUGAUUGGGCAAUCAACAAUGGAAACUGGUUGUGGCUAUCAUGCUCUUCAUUUUUCUACCAGUAUAAUCGGAUUUAUUCACCAAUCUCAUUUGGAAAAAAGUAUGAUCCUGCUGGAAACUAUAUCAGGCAUUUUCUCCCUGCUUUAAAAGAUAUGCCGAAGGAGUACAUAUAUGAGCCUUGGACUGCUCCCAUAAGUGUCCAACGUAAAGCAAAAUGCAUAAUUGGUGUAGAUUAUCCCAAACCAGUUGUUUCCCAUGAUUAUGCAAGCAAAGAAUGUCGAAUGAGACUUGGUGAAGCAUAUGCAUUGAACAAAAAGCUGAAUGGCUUGGUCAGAGAGGAAGACUUGAACGAGUUAAGAAGAAAAGCGGACAAUGAGUCUAUAGUUCUGGAUUCUGUUUCCAGGAAGAAAAAACAAAAGCUAAUUGACUAGACCAAGCCAUUGAAACCAUAUGUAUCUAUAAGAUCAGCAGCAAGGCACCAGCGUUAUAGGAGUUACGAAAGAACAUUCUCCUCCAAUGACAUCUCCUUUAAAAUGAUGUCACUGGUGGUGCCUUAGUUACUUUAUGUUAUGACCCGCCACUUGAUCUUGAAGAAGGGGGAAGAACUUGGAGUCUAAGUCCGUGACACUUAACUCCGAAGUGUUCAAAUGUAGGAAUCCUAUCUUAGUAUCAUGUGGGUGCCAGGAUUCAGAAGAUUAGAGUUAACAUACUGAGUGAAGGAGAAUGAGUGCGUGCGUGUGUGUGACAAGAUAGAGAAGCACACAUCUGAUAUGUUUUGAUAUUUAGAGUGAAUGAGAUCAUUAAGAUAUUUUAAUGUUCUUUAAUAGUGACAACCUGAAAAGAAGAAAUGUUUGAAGAAUGUGUUGAUGUGUCCCUUUGUUCAUUGACGAUGUCACUGCUCAUAAUACAUGAUACAUUUAGUUCUCUU